UAUAAUGACAAAAAAUAUAUUUACACAGAUGAAAAUUUUUACGGUAAAGUAAAAAAAUAAAAGGCAGAGGGGAUGGCUCAGCUGAUGUUUUUCGAAGUGGAUGCAUUGAACAGCGCUGAUAUUCAGUUCCUUCCUAUUUGGUGUGCGAUAUGCGAUUUAAAAAUGAAAUAGGCAAUCGAAAUUCUCAGUACGCUUGUAGUGGACGCACAAUCAAAUCACUAGGUACGCACCUAAAAACUCGUUAUAAACGAAGUUGAGUUCGUUAAUUGUUCUAAAUGUUUUGUAAUCGUUACAUACGUAAAUUCAUUGGCGCUAUCAAGAUCGCGAAGUUGUUACCGCUCGUACUUGUGCAACUGGUCCACUAACCGUUACACACGUCAACGUCUAUUAGUUUCCGUGAUAACGGUCAAUUAGCCGAAUAAAACCGUUGGGUCAAACGAAAGAACAUGAAGAGCAAAACAAAACGUGCGCGGGAAAAUCGUCAGACCGCCAAUAUGGCCGUGUCGGAAAUUUCUAGAAUUUUAACGUUUUUAACUAUCGUGUCAUUCAUAUACAUCGUUUACUCAUUUCAACCGCUCACUAAAGAUGAACAUAUCGAGAGAUAUAAUAAAAUGAACGAAGACAUUGAACCGUUUAGGAAAAAUUUGACAGAAUGCGCUCGUCAAGUCAAAGCUUCCAUGGCGGACGUCGAGAAAUUUCUUAAACGAGUACCACAGUCGAAUAUGGAGGGAAAAUGUUUCGUGGCUUGCAUUCUCAAACGGAAUUCGAUUAUAAAAAACAAUAAAUUGAGCCAGGAGAAUCUUCUUGAAGUAAACAGGGCUGUGUACGGUGACGACAGCGAAGUUAUGUCCCGCCUCAAGACAGCCAUUUUAGAAUGUUCAAAAAUCGUUGAAGAUAUAUUUGAAAUUUGCGAAUACGCUUCAGUUUUCAACGAUUGCAUGCAUAUGAAAAUGGAACAUAUACUCGAUAAAAUAACUAUGGAAAGAAGGAUGGAGGCUUUAGGGCAGAUGUCUUCAAAUCCCGAUGAAUGGAGCGAGGAAGAAGAUGAAAUGUUAAAACUUGUUAAAGAUGAACUAUAAUAUUAAAACUAGGACCAAUGAAUAACUAAUACUAUGCGAUUAAUAAGCGCUUAUUUUGAUUGUUGUAAGAUACUGUUUUAUUGUUUUUAAUAGAAAUUGUAUAGAAUUACGUGCAGUGCUUCAUCAUCACGUUCUGUUUGCAAACAAAAUAUUUAUGUUUAACCUGUUUCAACUGCCACUGGUCCUCUUCAAAUCGUUCGUAGUACAAGGAUUCUCCUGAACUUGGUCUACGAUUGUUCGCUUAUCAACUUUAUUCGCGUACAAAGAUUGUAAAGUCGAUUGUGGAAGUGACGGAAGCCAAUGAAGAUUGCGUAGGAAUAUUAU